AUGGGUGAUCCCUCUUUCUUGGUUGUAAUCUCGGCCAAGGUGAAAUCUAAACUCAAAUUGUGGUUCCAUUCCAAGAUCCAAGGAGACAACGAAAGUGACAACAGCCAUUUGAUAUCCCCCCCUGGAUACAACUAUCGCGGUGUUCCUGAGAACAAGGCCCUCGGUGAUAAAAACAACGAAAAGAAGAAGAAAGAGGAUAAGACGAAGAAAGGGGAGGAGAAGAAGAGGCCCAAGGAACUUCCAAUGCCACAGAAAGUCAACGGCGUCGUCGCCCCUUUCCAACUAUCCCCCCCCACCCAACUACAGAAGGAAACGGGAACGGCCUUUCGAUUGCCCCCCGAGGCCGACGACUCGCUUCCUGCACCGCCUGAAGCAACGGAGUAG